CAGGGCCAAAAGAAAUUUAACGAGCAUAAUGGCAAGCGGUUCAAAAAACGUUAUCUAACUAUGAGUUCCUUUAAAACGCUGCAAUCAGCCCGUUAUUUUGGGUUUUGUCAUGUAUUUCACUAUGGAAACAUCUGGGUUUGAGUCAGCAGCCAUCCUGCCGUUAGUUUUUAUUGCAUUGUGACGACUCCAGGCAGGACCGUAAAGGGUUGUUGGGUGGAUCGCGCCUGCGCAGUGCGCCACAUCCACUGAUCAGUGCGGCAGGAAAAGCGCAGAGGGGAAAAGGAGGAGAGGAAAACAGUUAAGAAAGGGAAAAACGAAGAACACUACAGACUCAAACAGUUCGUUUAUUUUAUAGCCGUGGGGAGAGAUCCUGUAGCUUUUCUCCUGAGCCACACAGAUUAUCCGUAAUGUCGUGAAACCUGAGGAUAAAAAUGUCCGUGGAUCUUCUUUAGGAAUCCUGCCACUAAACUGCGCCGCGCUGUCACGAUUUAAGGCUGAAAGAGAAAGGGAUUUUGUUUUCUACUGCAUUGAAUUCCUCUGGACGGGAUGUCAUCCGCAUUCAGGAGGAGUUCCUCCGGCUGACUGAGCCUCCAGCAGCUGAGGAACACCGACGCACAGACGGACGAUGGGAGAUGCGGCAGAAGACAGAGGGAUGAGACGCACAUUCAUCGUCCCUGUCAUCAAGAGCUUCGACCACUACGAUUUCACCAGGGCCAAGAUCUCCUGCAGCCUGACGUGGCUGGUGGCCAAGGCUUUCGGCUCGGAUGCUGUACCAGAGGAGCUGGCCGAACCCUUCUACAGGGACCAAUACAACCAGGAACACCUGAAGCCCCCGGUCGCCUGCCUGCUUCAGUCCGCAGAGCUAUACUGCCGAGCAGGAAGCCUGAUCCUCCGCAGUGAUGCUGUCAAACCUUUACUGGGACACAAUGCCGUCAUUCAGGCCCUGGCCCAGAAGGGGCUGUAUGUCACAGACCAAGACAGACUGGUUACGGAGAGAGACUUGACCAGCACGCCCAUAAACAUGAGUUCCCAUUUGGCUCUCAUUGAUACCUUAAUGAUGGCCUACACUGUGGAGAUGGUGAGUGUGGAGAGGGUGAUGUCCUGCAUCAACAAGUACUCGUCGGCUGAACCUUUACACAGCGACGGACUCAUCCAGGGACUGCCGUACGACACAGAGGAUGCAAUCACCACCUGGAUCAACAAGGUGAAUGAACGCCUGAGGGACAUUCUCAUCGAGGAGCAGAAGUUGAGAGAAGCUUCCCUUCAAGAGUCAAAUGCUACAACACACAAGUCCUCUAGCAAAUGGUAUUGGAGAUUAGUACCUGCCCGGUACAGGAGGGAGCAUGCCCAGAAGAAUGUUCCGUCACUCCCCCUGGUGGAGAACUUGCUGAAGGACAACACAGAUGGCUCCGCCCUCGCUUCCUUGCUGCACUUUUACUGCCCCCAGGCCGUCCGGCUGGAAGAUAUUUGCCUCAAGGAGACCAUGUCUCUGGCCGACAGUCUGUACAACCUCCAGCUGGUGCAGGAGUUCUGCAAGAACAACCUCAAUCACUGCUGCCACUUCAGCCUGGAGGACAUGCUCUACACACAUGCAUCCAUAAAGAGUAACUAUCUGGUGUUCAUGGCUGAGCUUUUCUGGUGGUUCGAGGUUGUGAAACCCUCAUUUGUUCAGCCCAGAGUCUUCGACCCUAACGCCUGUGAGCCUGUCUCAUUCUGCAGAGAUAUGGCUCCUGUGUCCAGUCCUGUCAAACAGAACUAUGCAGACAGACUUUCCAGUCCAGAAAACCUCACCGCUGAAGGCCUAAUGAAGAGAUCUACCUCCAUGUCCUACGUUGAUGGUUGUGUUGGGACGUGGCCCAAAGAAAAACACUCCUCCUCUCGGGGAAUUUCCUUCGAGAUUCCCCUGGAUGGAGACUCCACGUUGCCGCCUCUUGAGGCUCCUUCUUCCCGCACUAUGACCCGCUCAGCCAGUACUGAUGGUCUGGGGUUCAAAGUUAAUUAUGCAGGAGGGAGAGGAGGCAUGAAACGCCACCUCUCCCUCACACCAGUCCACAUGAACGGGCAGGGUCGAGAGAUCCCAGAGGAGGACGACUUUACUUCUCACAAACCUUUAGGACGGAACAACACUUUCUCUAUCAAGAACCAAAGCAGGUACCCCAAUGGAGUGUUACCAGAUAACAGCAGCCCUAGUAAGUAUCAAGGGAACCACUCCGGCCACAUCAGUCCAUCAACUCCUCCAAGCAUUGAAGAGGCUCUCAAGAUCAUCCAUGACACAGAGAAGCCUCAUGCCAGCCUCGAUGUUGGAGAUGGAGGUAAUGGUUUCUUUCUGCAUGGUGCAGAGCCUUCAUAUCCUUUAGGGGCUCAAGCUCCAGGGGACGACUUGGGUUCAGCAAAGACUCGGGUGAAUGACCUAGACCUCAACUCUGCAUCCACUGAUGAAGUUGACACGGGCAUCCAUGUGCGGACUGAGGACAUCCAGAGUUUGGAUGAGGACUCCUCGUCUCUGAGAGACUAUUCAGAUAUAGAUCCGGACUGUGAGGCCAUGACAAGGUCAUGCCCACUGCCUGGCAGGCAGGAGAGGUGCAGGAGAGGACACAAGGAAGGAGUGGAAGCCAGCCCUGAGGGUGAACAGGGACAUGGAUGCGACAGAGGUAGCCCCUGUCCCAGUUCUGCAACCACACUCCCCAGGUCUUAUACAGGCAGUCCCGCCUCUUCAUCGGGUGGUUCUGGUGGGGGUCUGGUGCGGAUGACUAGCUUUGCAGAGCAGAAGUUCAGGAAGUUAGAAGGAAGGAGCAGCGGAGGAACCACCACUCCAGACAGUUCUGACCUCAAUGUACCUUACACACACUCAGCCAGAACUACAUCCUCUCAGUUCUCUACACCUCCCCUGCCAAUCACUUCACCUUCUCCAGCUACCCCAUCCCCCAGAGAUCCCUCCCACUUCAUAGCUUCAGAAAUGAUUCAGCUGAAAAUGAAGCUUGAAGAAAAACGCAGAGCCAUUGAAGCCCAAAAGAAGAAGGUAGAGGCAGCUUUCACCAGGCACCGCCAGAAAAUGGGUAGAACAGCCUUCUUGAACGUAGUGAAAAGGAAAGGAGUGACAGGCCCGCUCAGCCCAAACUCAGGAGGGGCAGAAACAGCUUUGCCUGAUCCGGUCUCCUCCUCAAAGGAGGAACGGGUGGAGCGGUGCAAGCCUGACGGAGCAGCCCCAAAAUCUCCUUGCGAAGAUGGUGGGGGCAUGACCCCUGGAGAGGUUGACCUUGCCGAAUACACACGUUCCAUUGAAAGGCUGAACACAUCGCUGGGCUUCCUGCAGACUGAGAUGCAGCGUUUGGGCCAGCAGCAGGAGAAGAUCAUGGCUAUGAGAGAUCAGCAGCAACAGGCUUGGGUGAUCCCGCCUCCUGCUCCGUCUCCACACAGGCAGCUCCGUGAGUUGCGCAGCAGCAGCGUGACAGGCCGAGGAUCAGGCCGUGGUUCAGUGGGAUCCUUGUCCCCGAUACUGUCCUCUUCCGGAUCCCCACGCGUCCCCAAUCGUUCACCUGCAGGCAUCAAACGACGGCCGGCCUCAUUUCAUGCCAGAACACCUCGGACUCCCCGUCCGAACGAUCUGAAGGUCACCCCCAUCAGCCGAAUGCUCAACACCCCCACCUCAGUGGACAGCCUGCCUAGACUGAGGCGCUUCAACUCCACCCAAACGCAGCACAGCCCUUUUGCGUACUUGGGCCAUGAUGAGGGAACAAGGGAAAGACACAACCAAGAUUCAAAGGGCAAGAAAGAAGACUCUAAGAAAAAAGAGGAGACUGUAGCAAAUAGGAAUAAUAAAGAAGAAGCCAAAGAAAAGAUGAAUGAACGACUGCAGGAGAGCACAGAACUCAAGGGACAGUCAAAGACAUCAGAGGUUUUGUGCCAGCCGGUUUCAGAGAUCAAAGGUGGAGUUGUUAACCAGAGUCAAGAUGACACCCAAGAAAGGAAGGACCUGGUGGAGGUGCCUUUGUCUCUGCUAAAGCCACCUGGUGGCCAGGAUCAGGAGAGCACAGAGGAGGGAGAAAAAGGAGGAGAAACUGUAGAUGACCAAAAGAUGUGCUGUGGUUUCUUCUUUAAGGAUGAUGUGAAAGGAGAAGAGGACAUGGCAACAAAGAAAGCAGCUCUGCUGGAGAAGAGGCUUCGGAGGGAGAAGGAGGCUCAGGAGAGGAGGCAACAACAGGAGCUGGACCAGGAGCAGAAGAAAGAGGCAGCACGGCUACAAGCAGAGGAGGAACAACAGAAGAAGGAUGACGAGAAGGCGAGGAGGGAAUACAUCAAGAAUGAAUAUAUGAGGAGGAAGCAGCUCAAGCUGAUGGAGGACAUGAAUGAGGUCAUCAAGCCUCGUAGUGGAAGUCUCAAGAAAAAGCAGCGGCCCAAGUCCAUCCACAGGGACGUCGUGGAGUCGUCUACUCCUCCUGUGAGAACAACAGGUGUGCGUCCUCGGGGCUUCUCAGUCUCAAGUGUCUCUUUGGCGUCCCUCAAUCUUGCUGACAAUAACAGAGACCAGCCAGAUAACAGGAAGAACAACAGAGGCAACAAACUUGCUUCUGCCCAUAUCCCGUUUUUUUUAAGCUCUCCCAAAGACAGAAAGGGAAGGCCAGACUCCGCAGAGGGUUUUUCUUCCUGUCCUUCGGGCGGCAGUCGUAACGGAGAGAAAGAUUGGGAAAAUGACUCGACCACCUCCUCCACUCCCUCCAACACAGAGUACACAGGACCCAAACUGUACAAGGAGCCUAGUGCCAAAUCCAACAAGCACAUCAUCCAGAAUGCCCUGGCUCACUGCUGCCUAGCUGGCAAGGUCAACGAAGGGCAGAAAAACAAGAUACUUGAUGAAAUGGAGAAAUCAGAAGCCAACAACUUCUUGGUGUUGUUCCGUGAUUCUGGAUGCCAGUUCAGGUCUGUCUACACGUAUUGCCCCGAAACCGAGGAGAUUGCUAAACUGGUUGGCAUCGGCCCAAAAACUAUCACUAUGAAGAUGAUCGAGGCUCUGUACAAGUACAACUCGGACAGGAAGCAGUUCAGCAAGAUCCCGGCUAAAACUAUGUCUGCGAGCGUGGACGCCGUCACCAUCGCCAGCCACCUGUGGCAAACCAAGAAGCAGGGGACACCCAAAAAACACUCAAAGUAGUGCCAGAUGAUAGAGCAGCAUCUGGGCAUGCUCUGUUGAAAUAAACAGAAGAAUAAGUGGAUUAUGUCUCGGGUUUUUUUAUUAGAGGGACACCAAUUACCAUUCCCAAAAGUCACAACUGGAAUGUUAAAUCCCAUUAUUACACAUAAAAGUAAUACAGAGCUGGCUAUGACACUACUUCAUUGAGGCACAAGCGUGUUCUUGUCAGCAUGUGUAUCAGUGUUCUCAUGUGCCAAAAAAAGAAAAGAUAAUACCAGGUGAGCCAAUGCCUUACCAAGCUGAACCACUGAAGCACUGAAUGUUAUGCCUCUCAGAGGCACUUUGGGUUCUCUUUGUUUGUCAUGUUUAGCAUUAUUCUUGUUCUGUGUCACAUGGAUGCACAGUGGGUGCUGGUGUCAUUUUGUUUGCGCCUGUCGAAAACAUCUUUUUGUUGUCUGUACACACAGAUCUGAGAUCAGAUUACGCCCCCUUCAUGGUCAACAGAAGGGCGGCCUGUCUGUGAUCAGAAGCAUUGUAUUUGAUGUAAGUUCUGCUGAUGUAAAGACAUUUUUUUUGCCUUUGUACAUGCGGUUGGCAACCCUAGAAACAGGUUUCAUUUCUGUAUAUGUGUGUGCCGUACAGUGUAGUGCCACCAGUGUCAAGAACACCUCAAGUGGCGAUUACAAUCGCUUAACAAAAGUAAUGAAGACUGUAUGGAGUCCCAUCAAAUUGUUCUGGAAAACACCUGCAACGGACUUUUAAUUUAUUUUAUUUUGACAUAGCUUUGAAGAUAUUUUGAAAAGCAUCUUGUGUAUCGUUUAAAAUUCACUGCAAUCCAUCGCAAACAGUACUUACAUUUGUUUGUAUAUAAUAGCAAGGCAAGCAAGUUAGCUCUUGGUAGCAUUUGAGUAGCUUUUUAUAAUUUAUCAUGUUUAAGUAUGUUCUUAUUGUUUUCUGAGGUCUUUUUAUUGUGCCACAGUUGGAAAAAGUCAGAUCCCUCAACAGCAUUACUGGUAAAACUACCAUGAGUUAGAAACCAAAUGGAAAUCUCAGUGUCAUCAACAUGUGCAGUAAUUUAAAUUCUUACUAUUGACCAUGCUGCAGAGUGAAUAAAUGAUUCCAGUAACAUGUCACAUUAACGUGCUGGUUGUCCUAACUGUUACAUCCAGAUUAGGAUUUAGAUUGUGUUGUAAAUACUGGGAUGAACCUACCUGUGCUAGCUGUUACAGACCCUCUCCACUGUUGUCAAGUCUGAUCUGAGAUGUUUCCACAGUGUUAUUGUCAGUCCUUUUCACUUUACCUUACUGUUACAUUUUUAUGUCAUGCAUUUCUUUCAGUAUGUGUUGACUUUGUACAGGUAUAUUUUGACAUAUAAGAAGUAUUUUUUGUAAGGAUAUUUACCAGUUGGACGUGUGCACUAAUCAAGCAGUACAGUAAUUGAAGGACGUGUGUUUGAAUGCCAAGCUUUGCUACAGGAGGAGGUGUUUUAUGGAAUGAAGUUCUUUUUUCUUUUCUUCAGCUGUGGGUUCAUUUUCUUUUGAAUCAGAAAAAUAUGAUGACAUUUUCAUGGACUUUUCUUGUUUUGUUUUUAUUAUUUUCUGUUUUAUUAAAAUGCCAGCUCUUAACAGUU